GGGACACUCCGGGUAAGGCGGAUCGCGUCAGGCAGUCGAUCUGCGGGUCUUGGCUCCAAAGACUGUACCUUACCUUGCCUCCGGCUUGCAGAUUGCAAGCAUUGCUGUCUUCCCAUCCAUACAUUGAACACGCAUUGAGGUGCACAGGAUAUCUUUCAAUUGUGUACUGCCUGGUUCAUCACCCGAACCUGUCGUUUCUUCUAAGCUUGGCAUCACGGAAGCUGCAGACGACCCGCGCCCGCGCCGCCCACAAGCUGCCGACACGACACGCGACAGUCAUGUUAUAACGUGCCCGACUUGCAUCCACCACGACAUGCCCCCAUCAUGGACGAUCCUUGGGGCUCCCCUUGGGAUACGAACGAGAAUGGAUCUAUAGCAGCGAUACAACUUGUUACACCGCCACCAGCAGUCGCGUUCAACACAAAUACCCGAAAGCAGAGUCCUGCGCCGCCGUGGGGUGAAGAGGAAGACGAAGGCGGCUGGGGCGGGUGGAACGCGGCGUCUGCACCGGGGGCAGAGAGUCCCGGAUGGGGGAGAAGCCCGGGACUCAAGCCCGUCAGUCCUUUGAGGUCGAGAAGUGUCUCUCCUGUGCCAUGGGGCCAGAGAGCUGACGACUCGGGCCUUGUUGGAUCUGGGCCCGAGGCGGAUGCGCCCCCAACCGCUCUAGAGAAGCCGACGUCUACCGGCUCGCACAAGGUCAGCGACGAUGAUUUCUCAGACACCUCUCACCACCAAUCGGAAGGGAAACACGACGAGCCACAGCCCAGCUCCCCUACACGAGCAGAGUCGCCGGAUGGACCCCCUCCUGGGCCGGCGCUCAGGAUAGAACGACCGGAUGUCAGCAGGAAGGGCUCCAAGGUCCAAGGGCUCGUGGACUUGUAUGACGGAAUCUCAAGACAUGCUUCACCGUUGGACAAGACGCUACCAUCACUAGACUCACCACUUGAGGCACCAAGUGAAGACGAGGAAUCGGAGGGCGAAUCUAGCAGCAGUACCAGCACAGCUGUUUCAGGGGUGCUAGAGCAGGACCCCGACCCGGCUGCCGGCGAGCUAGAACCCCAUGAGAGCGAGGAUUUCGGAGACCAGACCGUCAUUGUGGAUGAGACAGCAUACCAUGAGCCAGAUCUGGCCGAUGAUCCGCCAGCACAAACACCAUAUGCGAAGAAGGUUGUGCCUACAGCAUUGCCCAUUGAUCUCUCUCUAUUGGAUGACUUGUUUCCUCAGACGCAUCCAUCGACCACAGCGCCCGAACCACUCCCGCCAAACAUCAUCGACGACACAUUUGCAACGCCAGGGGAGCGCAGGACGUGGUACCGCGUCUCACGGUUUGGCUCUUCGCGGAAACACGAUCACGGCAACGACGAGAACUAUGUUCAUAUGGAUUGGGCACACUCCACUGUGAGAAAGGAGACACUCCAGACAGUGAGGCGAUGGAUGGAAGAAGACUCCAUAGCUGGCCGAGGCGUAGGCCUCGCGCACCGAGCUAAAGGUGCCAUUGGUGGCGGAAAGAUGUUUGGUUGGGAUAGGACUGGCGCCGAUGUCGAGCCCGUGGACGUCGACGCUCUUCUCAAGAGAAACCGAAGGAUAAGUGCGCGGGAGGAGAGGCCACGAACGGCCAGCUUCGGAUGGAGUUCGUCAGGGGACUCGCCCAGUGCGGGUGUUUUCCCCCCGCCCCCUUUUAUGAAGAGCAGACCGCAGUCGAUGGUCCCAGCGGCCAACGAUGCGGUUGAGCGGGAGAAACUCCGACCCAAGUCCCUGAUCAUUCCUCCUCCGAAACCGAUGGACCGGCCGUCUCUCGACCAAGUAGUGACACCAAUUUUGCACUCCCCUGGAUCAAUGCUCAGCGCUGCUCCAAUAACGGGAGUGGCUGAAGAGGGAGAAGAAGACGAUGACGAUGACUGGGGCGAGAUGGUAACUUCUCCUACCGCCCCUGCAAGCGCUGUUCUCGAGACCGUAGUCACAGGCGCCUCUGAUCCAGCUACUUCCAACGCUACCCCGACUGGCAAUGGUAUCUUUGAAAGCGGAAGUGCAGCCACCUCACCAACCGCCCCUGUAUCCGGCUCUGAUCGGACUGCGAAACCUUUGUCGCCUCUGAAGUUCGAGACAUUUGUACAACCGAUAAAUCAGCCGCUACCGCCACAGCAACCAUUCCCAGAAAUAAAACCGCUUGUACCAUCGCCAUCACUGUCACCUGGCCCCAUGACACUACCAGCGCAACCCACCACAGCUGGCAGCACGAAGCCGGCGACCACGCAUCGCGAGAUGAAGCAUCAAUUAUCCCAGGGGGACGAAGAUACGGCCGCGAAAAUUUUGCGGAAUCUGCCGGAUCUGACCUAUAUGCUCAGAUGACGACGUCUUGGAUUUCACGGCCGGACACCAUAUUAGUAGAUACCAGCGAGGCGAAUCUAAUGUAACAUAAUCAAUAUAAACGAUGAGCAUAAAAACGCA